AAAAUGACAGAUCAGCAAGGGAACCCAGACCAGCUGCCUGCAGAGAAGGGCCAAGGAGGGGCCGGAGCCACAUAUAAGUUGGCGGCUUUUGAGUUUGAGAACUUUCGGGGAAAGAAGUUGGAGUUGUCCGGUGAAUGUAAAGAUGUGUCGGAGAAGACGCAGAAAAUUGGCUCGAUUAUUGUGGAGUCUGGACCGUGGGUGGGGUUUGAGCGUCCAGAUUUUGCAGGGGAGCAGUUCGUGCUGGAGAAAGGAGAGUAUCCUCGUUGGAGCACCUGGACCAACUGCCUGAGUAUCUACAGCCUGAGCUCAUUCAGGCCCCUGAAAGUGGACAGUGCAGAUCAUAAGCUGCACUUGUUUGAGAAUCCAGGGUUUGAGAGUAGAAAGAUGGAGAUUGUUGAUGAUGACGUCCCCAGUCUCUGGGCUUAUGGUUUCCAAGACCGUGUGGCCAGUGCCAAGGCUAUCAGUGGAACGUGGGUAGGAUACAUGUAUCCAGGCUACAGAGGAAGCCAGUAUGUGUUUGAGCAUGGAGAGUUCAAGCACUGGAACGAUUGGGGAGCCACUGCACCUCAGAUCCAGUCCGUCCGACGUGUGCGGGACAUGCAGUGGCACAAGAGAGGGUGCUAUAUUGCCCCUGCCCCUACACCUCCCAAUCCCAAUCCCGCUCCCACCCCCAACCCACUUCCCAGCCCAACUCCCAACCCAAAACCUACUCCAAAUCCUAACCCUGCUCCCAACCCCAAAUCCAAAACUCAACAAUAACCUUAACACCAGCACCUCCUGGGGCAGCCUAAAGGCAGCUGGCCAGUCCCUGGUCUCUCCACUAAGCAAACUGUUAG